AUGAUCAAAUCGUUCCGCCGGAGCAAACGUCUGUCGAACUCUUCGUCAACGUCCUCACCAAAACACUCAAUUUCACGCGUUUCGCUGACGUCCCACAAUGAUCUCAACAUGGUGCUCAAUUCUCCAACAAAAGUGAUCAAGGCCCUCUACGAUUACCGUCCUCAAGGUCCCGAGGAGCUUUCAUUCCAAAAAGGCGAUUUUUUCCAUCUUGUAGAGAGCGAAGCAGCGCUUGAAGCCGAGCAAAAAGGCUGGUACGAGGCAACAAACCCGAUGACCCACCAGAGGGGCAUGGUUCCUAAGCUGUACUUUGAAUUGAUCAAUAAAAGCGGGCAUCAGCUGGCCAGAAGCAACGAGAUCGACCAGCUGGACCCGAAUUUGGGCAAAAGACAGCUGCCGCAGGAGAUUUUGCAGAUCCAGCAGCAGACAAUUCAGAAUAUUCAGCAGCAGCAGUUCCACAAGGCAGCAGCGCUGCGCCAGAACAGAACCUUGUAUGCGAUUACACUUUACGAUUUCAGGGCAGAACGUGAAGACGAGUUGGACAUCGUUCCGGGAGAACAUUUGGUGAUAUGUGCCCACCACGACUACGAGUGGUUCAUUGCCAAACCCAUCAACCGGUUGGGCGGCCCCGGGCUUGUGCCAGCGUCUUACGUAAGUAUCGUAGACAAAUACAAUCCGCUGGCGCCGGUGGAGGCAGCCGCCGGGAAUGACAUGGAGGCGGUGAUCACGAGGUUCAAGAUCCCCACUGUCGAGGAGUGGAAAGAGCUGACGGCCAUUUACCAGGCAAGUACGCGGCCCACGGGCACAAACGCUUCGUCCCUGGCUCCAUCGCAAUUUUCCCACAAUGAAAACUCCCUGACGCGGUCGUCGUCGGCCUCCUCAAGAACGGUCAUCGUGGAGGCCACCGUCGACUCGUACCACUUGGCUGCGUACAACGAUACAAGCAGGUACCAGUACAUCAUUAUUGCCCGCACGCUGACGGGCAACACUCGCCAGUUGUACAGAUUCUAUGAGGAUUUCUUUAAUUUGCAAGUGAGGCUCCUUGAGAAGUUCCCAGAGGAGGCUGGGAAAGUGGAGGGAGUCCGGCGUACGAUUCCUGGAUUGCUGGGCCCGUUGAAGGAUGUUAAUGAGAAGGUGACGCUGAAACGCCGAGAAGGGUUCGACUACUACUUGCGCAGCUUAAUUGCGUUGCCUCCACACAUUUCUCGAUGUGACGAAGUAUUGGCGCUUUUUGAAGUGCAGAACAACGGUCUCGAUAGAGAGUUCGUCAGUAAAGGCGACCGCCUGUCGAAACCCAUCAACCAGCAGCUGGGCUACCAACAAGAAAGGCUAUCGCAGUAUCUGAAUAUGCAGCUCCAACAACGCAACAGAAGCUCUACCACGCCGUCGCUGGACUCCUACAGUAACAACAGGGGGCUGUCUCCCGGAAUCAACACUACACUUGGUCUGCAAAACGAGAGUACGGGCGGCGGCAAGCAGCCCAAGGUGAAGGUGAAAUUUUACUUUGAAGACGAUAUCUUUGUGUUGCUUUUGCCGGUGCAACUUAAGUUGCUGGACUUGAAACUCAAGCUUGCCAAGCGUCUCGGGCUAGAAUCACCAGACGAGCCAGAUUCGUCGCAGCUGGUUUCGCUUUUUUUGAAAGAGGAGUACGAGGAGUUCAUGGACGCCCACCACAUUGUGUCUGAAAGCCUAAGUGACGAGCAAUGGACACUUCUCUACGAGAAAGAGAUAAGCGACGACUCGAGGUUCCACGGUGUUUUGCAUGACAAAUGUAAGAUAGUCAUUCUACCGGCCCCUUCUUACUAA